UAGAGAGAAUUCAGAAGAAGAAGAGGAAGAUAUGGCAGACGCUGUUGUUUCCUGUGUGAUUGAAAGACUUGGAGACUUGCUGAUCAAUGAAGCCAAAUUCUUGUGGGGAGUCAAAGGCCAAAUCGAGAAUGCACAGAGCAAGCUGCAAUGUAUGAGCGCUUUCUUACAAGACGCAGACGCUACUGUAAAAAAUGGUGGUGAAACAGUACGCCUUUUGGCUGUCAAAAUCAGAGAUUCUUCUUAUGACUUGGAGGAUGUUAUUGAAACUUAUGUCUUCAAAGUGGCUCUGAAGAAGAACGAAGGUGUGGUGAGUAAACUGAAAAGAUAUGUUUGCAUCUUCAAGCAAGGAAUUGAUGUCUAUAGAGUUGGAUCAAAGAUAAAGGAGAUCUCAUCCAACAUUGAUGCUUGCACUUCAGAAUUACAAAAGUAUGGAGUACAUGAGUCAAUGGUUAAGGCAGCUGAAACAUCUUCAAACCAAGUUCGUGAGCAAAGACGACGGGCUUAUUCUCAUGUUGUGGAGAAUCAUGUUGUUGGCUUUGACGAAAACAUCAAAGAAUUGGUAGCCAUUUUGACUGCAACAGAGAAUCCUCAAAAUCCCAGGGUGAUCUCUAUAUGUGGGAUGGGUGGCUUGGGGAAGACUACCCUAUCCAGAAAAGUUUAUCAUCAUCCUCAAGUCAGGAGUCACUUUGAUUGUUUUGCUUGGGCUUCAAUAUCUCAGCAGUGUAAUAGGCACAACGUCUUGGAAGGAAUUUUAUUUGCUCUCACCAAGAAAAGAAAAAAGAUCAAUGAUGUUAUUGAUGAUGAAGAAUUAGUACAGGAGAUUUACAACUUUCUGAAAGCGAAGAAAUGUUUGGUGCUCCUCGACGAUAUAUGGUCCAGAGACACGUGGGAUCUUCUAACAGAUGCAUUCCCUCAAGGUGGCACUGACAGCAAGAUUUUAAUCACUACUCGAAUAAAGGAUAUAGCUCCUUAUGCAGAUCAACAUUGUUACAUCCAUCAACCUACGUGUCUCGAUGAGAAUCAAAGCUGGGAGUUGUUUAUGAAAAAAUCUUCAUAUUUUGGAAAUGAUCAAACAAAUAAGAAAGAUGCUGAAAGAAUGGAAGCACUAGGGCGAGAGAUGCUUAAAUGUUGUUCUGGUUUGCCAUUAGCUAUCAUUGUGCUCAGUGGGCUUCUGUCUACGAAACACACCGUUGAUGAGUGGGAGGACAUGAAAAGAUAUGUGGAGACAUACAUAAGUAAAGGCAGAAUGUGUGGUGACUCGGAAGGUCAUGGUGUUUCAUGGGUGUUAGGUUUGAGUUAUGAUGAAUUGCCAUUUUACUUAAAGUCUUGUUUUCUAUACUUUGCUCGUUAUCUUGAAGAUGCCAUCAUACAAGUAAAAGAAUUAUGUCUUAUGCUCAUGGCAGAAGGUUUUAUAUUGCUAAGAAGACAAUCAGCGGAAACUAUGGAAGAUGUAGCAUAUGAUUACUUAAGUGAGUUGGUGGAGAGGAGCAUGGUUCAAGUAGAAAGUUGGGGUUUAACAGGAAGAAUGAAAACAUUACGCAUUCAUGAUCUUAUGCGAGACUUGUGUGUGUCUAAAGCUCAAGAUGAGAAUUUUCUACAUGUUAUUGAUUUGAGGAAUCAGGAUCUUAGGAUUUCGCCACAUCUUAUUGAUUUGAGGAAUCAAGAAGAGCUACUAAAGCUUGGAUCUACUGUAGCAAGGAGAGUUUUCAUUGAUUCUUGUGGUUAUUCUGGUGAUUUUUUUAGUUUUGUUGAUAGCAAAAAUGGAUCUCUUAGGUGCCUUACUGUAGAUUGGGGGAUUAGAUUGGGAGUUAUCGCACAACAAGAUAUGAGACAUGUGUUUAAUAGGUUUUUCAUGCUUAGAGUUUUAAAUCUAAGUUUAGCGAUCAUUGAUAGGUUGGAGUUGCCUGAAGAAAUUGGAAAGCUUAUUCACCUAAGGUUGUUGAGUAUUAGUAUCAUGAUGGAAAAUAUCCCAUCUUCUAUUGGUAAUUUGAGAUGCCUGCAGACUUUAAAGUUAAAACCGAGGAAUUGUGAAAUAGUACCAGAUGUAAUUUGGAAGUUAGAGCAACUUAGACAUUUACACUUCACGGGGUUUAAUAAACUGGGGUUCAAGUUGAGGUUACCUAACAUUAGAAAUUUACAGACAUUGAAAGGUGUUUCAACUGAGUGUUUUGAUUGGAAUGAUAUUCUACAGUUGAGGAAUCUCAAGAAAUUAAAUAUUUUUCUGGGUGAAAAUUUGGAGAAUAUUUACCACGAUCCCCCAACCGUCACAUUUGAUUGUCUUCGGCAUUUACAACUAAAAUCUCAUAGAGUGGAUGCUAUAGAUGUUGUUCCUGUGAUAUUAAGCUACCCUCAAAUUUAUAAGCUUAAAGUGUGGGGGAGAAUAGUACAAUUACCAGAAUACAACCAAUUCUCCCCAAACCUUGUCAAGUUAAGCUUAACUAGGACUGAUCUUAAGGAUGAUCCAAUGCCAACUCUAGAAAAGCUAUCGAGUUUAAGAGUCCUUUCCUUAGAUGAUUUUAGCUACAAGGGGAAUGAGAUGGUGUGCUCAAAAGGAGGUUUCCCUCAACUGGAAUCUCUUCAGAUUAUAUAUCUAAAAAACUUAAAAGAGUGGAAGGUGGAGGAAGGAGCCUUGUCUAGUCUUCACUUUUUGAGGAUUGUUAGCUGCUGGAAAUUGAGGAGAGUUCCUGAUGGAUUAAGAUACAUUACUACGCUUGAGGAAAUGAAGAUUGAAGAUAUGCCUAGGGAAUUCAAAGAAAGGUUGGAGGAAGGAGGAGAGGAUUUUGACAGAGUAGAGCACGUCCCAUCCCGUUUAUUUAUCUAUCGGUGGUAUAAUGAAUAAUAUGAGCUGGAGCGAGAAGACGAUGAGUUAUUUGACGAUGAGUUGUUUGUAUGGGUGCUGCUCUUUCCUGUGAUUUCGCUCCACUGGUGCACAUAAAAAUAAUAU